GUCGUUUACUGGUGCUGCUAUGUCUGCACAAAAAGCUGCGAGGUUGCCGCUAUUGCCAGUGGCUGCACUUACUCUCCUUGCCGUUAUCUCGGCUCAACAGAACCAGGGAGUUCGUCUUGCCGACAACCCCUAUGGUAAUCACAUUGGUCGGGUUGAAGUCAACUAUUAUGGACGCUGGGGCACCAUCUGUGAAAACGGCUGGAGCAGCUAUGAUGCAGAUGUCAUCUGUGGGAUGCUGAACUACACAGGCUACAUCUGCGCUGUCAACUAUGCUACAAGCACAUUUGGAGAAGGAACAGGGAGUGUGUGGCUCAGUAACCUAGCCUGUAGGUACUACGACACAACUCUGGACCGGUGUCGGAACAGCAAUCCAUACAAUAUCAAUCCGUGUACACACAGCCGUGACGCUGCCCUCAUCUGCCAAGACCCAACUGUGAUGCCAGUACCGUAUGAAAUAACAGUACUGAAUGAAACAACAAGAAGUAUCACAGUGGGAUGGCAGCUGGAGUUUAUUCCACCGCUAAUACAAGCAAUCGACUUCAGGCUGAACGUAACGUCAGAAGACGCGACAUUUGCUAGAAUAUUUGUCACUAGGGUGCCUGUGACCAACACGUCGAUGGAUUUCAGCUACACUAUCCCGCGUCUCUCGUUCAACACCUCAUACACUCUCUACAUCAGGGCUGAUGGGGAGUACCAGUGGUGCCCUUAUAACGAACUGCUGGGGGAAUACAGCGAUCCUGUCGUCAUCGCAACGGCUGAUAUGAUUCCGCCCUCCACACUGCCCAUGAGACUCUUGUCUCAGAAUCCAUUGACAGAGCCCUACAUUGGGAGACUCCAGGUGUAUCACGAUGGACAGUGGGGCAACGUCUGUGAUGACCUGUUCGGGCCUGACGAAGCAGACGUCGCCUGUUUGAGUCUCAACUACACUGAUGGAGCCAUUUGUUACGCCAACCGUCCGUUUCCCCCAAGCUCAGCUCCCAUUCUGCUGGAUAAUAUUGACUGUUCGAAUGUAGACAGGUUUGAGGACUGCAUUCACAGAGGGUGGGGUGUCCAUGACUGCAGUUUGAGUGAGAGUAUUGGACUCAUCUGUAACCCUGGAACUUCUGUUGCUCCACUUGUGACAGGACUAAGGAUCACUGCAGUUGCUCCUUACAGUAUCACUGUGGCUUGGGACGUA